UGUUUCUUUCAUUUUUCACCAGUAACAUGCAAGAUAAACUCAAGGUUAUUAUCUUUAGUUACAGAAUAAUGAAUGAAAAAGUGUCUUUCAAUUGCUUAUUCGGUCUUUAAAUGUAUUAUCACUCUGUUAUAUAUGGCAAAGAAAGGUAGCAAGUCUUUAUAUUUGAAAAACUGGAAAAGAAGAUAUAUUUAUUUUUUUGCAUAUAUAUAUAUAUGAAUUCAACAAUUAAUUAUUAAAAUAGUGUCAAAGUUGUCCACCAAACAAUCCAAUGAAAUAGAUUUAAUGUGAAAAAAAUAAAAAUAUAUAUAUUUCUCAGUAUUUCCAAAGUCCCACCAAUGGUCACUUGAGGAAGCACCAUUGGUAUCAUUAGUCCCAUUUUUGAGGGGGUGAAAAUGACCCCGUGAAAUAUCCUUAAGCCCCCCUAAGUAAUUUGGUGUUUAUUUAUUUAUUUAUCUAUUGCAGAAAAGUGCUGACAAAUCGCUCGAUCCCCUUCGGUGUGUGCUUAUCCAAUCCACCACUCAUUAAUAUUAAUUUAAUUCAAGUAAUUAAGAAAUAUUUUUUGGGCUUGAAAUUGCAACCAAUUAAGUACAUAUAUAAUCUGUGUGACUUAAAAAUAUUUGAGGGCAAACAAUUAUUGUGUUGUGAGUGAAAGCCAUGCAUUAUUACUGUUUUAACCUGCCCUUGUUGUUGCAAUGUGUUUAAAAAUGAACUGAAAUGAUACCAAUAAUUAAAUCCUCUGUCUUUGUUGGCUAUUUGUGCAUCUCCUGGGGGCUAAGCCUCCCCUGUCCUUAAAACCUAGUGACGCCCCUGUGGAGCACUGACAACUAGUAUACUCCCACUAAAUCAAGCUCAGCCUGGAGAAAAACAUGAACCGACAAACAGUCACCAGCUCCAAAAGAUCAGCUGCAAAGGGGAGCACCAUCGCUUCUACCUAUUACUAUGAGAGGGGUUACGCCCCGGCCGGCACCACGAAGGUCGGCCUGAAGAACACCAGCCGCAGUGAGCCUGACGUGGCCUGGCUUCGCUCCGUGCAAAAACCUUCUGUCACACAGCAGAGCAUCGUCUCCAGCAAGGGCAUGUACAGGACACAACGGAGCACCAGUCAGUUUCUAAACGGCACCACAGCGCCUCCUCUGUCUCCGUCUAUGUACGCUGUGAAUGGUACAGGUCAGGCCAGAGCAAAGAGCCAGUUCAUAUACAGCACAAUCGAAGUGCCCAAAUCGCCCUUGAAGCCCCUCGUCACUGAGUCCACAUCCAGGAGCAAAUUAAAUUUGGAGUCAAAUAGAAACAGCACAGUCGCUGAUCUCACUAUGAAGGAGGCCGUGGAGUACCUUGCCAGUAAGGACGAGACAUAUCAGCACUGUGGCGCUUCCUACAUCCAGCACAACACGUUCAUUGAUGACAAAGCCAAAGAGCAGGUCUUAAAGCUCAAUGGCAUCCCUCCUUUGGUGGGCCUCCUGCGCAGCCCCAGUUUACAAGUCAGCCUAACAGCCUCCGCCGCCCUGCGCAACCUGUCCUACAAAAGUGACAAGAACAAAGAGGAGAUCCAACGCUGCAUGGGCGUCACAGAGGCCUCGGCCCUGCUCAGAGACACAGACUCCGCGGAGCUGCGCAAGCAGCUAACAGGUCUUCUGUGGAAUUUAUCUUCCGCAGACAACCUGAAGGCAGACCUGCUGAAAAACGCUCUUCCCGUCUUAAUGGAGAGUGUGAUCCUGCCUCGCGCAACAGGUCCCGACGAGAGCAACGGCAACAGCCAAGAAUCUGACGUCUUCUUACACACCACGGCGUGUCUGAGAAACCUCAGCAGCUCAAAGCAAAGCAACAGGCAGACGCUGAGAAAAUGUCGAGGUCUGGUCGACUCUUUGGUCGCUUACCUUAAAGACAGCCUGGAAGCAGAAGACACAGACGGUGACUCUGUAGAAAACUGCGUGUGCAUCCUGCACAAUCUGACGUUCCAGCUGCAGGCCGAGGCUCCAGCUCUGUUCAACAGGAUCACGGCUUUGGUCCAGACCGUCAACAGUAACCAGAGCCAGGGAGAAAUCAGCCCCAUCGGCUGCUUCAGUUCACAAAACAAAUCUCCAGAACAGGAGCGUACCUUUGACUUCCCCGUCGUCGAGGAUCCACAGCCGAGCGGGGCAGGCUGGCUGAUCCACUCCAAAACCCUGCAGACUUACCUGUCUUUGCUCGGCUCUAGCAAGCGAGAAGAAACACAGGAAGCCUGCUGCGGGGCACUGCAGAAUCUCACCACAAAUGAAGGCAUUGUCUCUGAUGUAAUGAGCCAGACCAUUGUGCAGAAACUGAACGGCCUGCGUGUUCUAACUCCCCUUUUGAAGUCAGACAAAGUCAACUUGCAGAGGAGCGCUGUGUCUUUGGUAGGAAACUUGACCAAGAACCCAAACCUACACAGUGCCAUCGCUCGUAAAGCUCUCCCAGACCUGCUGGGUCUCAUCACCAAAGGCACCUCAGAAGGUAAUGAGUCUGAUGACACCCUUGCCGUGGCCUGCCGGACUGCGGGCACCCUGCUCUUGAGCAAACCAGAGAUGAGCAAGAACUUGUUGAACAACAACCUGAUAAAAUCGCUGACUGAUCUCAGCCAAAACAUAUAUUUCCCCAAAUCGAGCAAAGCUGCAUCUCUGCUUCUCUACAAGCUCUGGUCAGACAAAGACCUGCAAAGCUUUGUGAAAAAGCGAGGGAUGACUAAGUCCUCCUUCGUGAACGACACCACCAUGGCGGCGCACAGAUCGGUCCAAGUUGUCGAUUAAGAGGAUCAGACAGCCAUUUCCUGAAGUAACUCACCUGCAACAGCUCUGCACAUUAGCCGGAUGGAAACACGCCAUGGCUCAGCAACAACCUUAGACUUUUUCCGGCUUUUUCAGAGAACAUCUCAUGAAUUCUACAUAACAUGACAGGCACUAACAAAUCAUCACGCAGCCCUGACUGUGCUUUAAGUUACCGCUGAUUCAAAGAUGAAGGUUCACAUGUACACGAAAGCACCAAAGUUUUUUCUCAUUUUUAACGAUGUUGAAUGUCUUUUAUAGUGUAUACUUUUUUUUUUUAACCUGCUAUCAGUCUUAAAAAAGAAAAGGGCUUCAUUAGUAAUUAAAACAUAAGGAUGAGGAUUUUAUUUUGCACUGAAAUAUUGGUUUUACUUUGGAAUUGAAAAAGUGGAUUUUGAUUACGUAGAAUGAACGUGCAUAACAGAGUUCAGGAAGUAGCUGUAGGGCUAUUAUUCUGACUUAAGCAGAGCUACAUAUUUCCAUUUUGUAAACAUUUUGUCGGUGGUGUAUCCGUAUUUUCUCAUGAUGUAUACGUUCUUGAAAUACUGGCAAUAAAGCGGAGAGAAAUCUG